CAGGUAAAUAUGCUUCAUAGGAUCGGCUGACCUGACCCACUCAAAAUUGACUCGAUGCGAAGCCACGUAACCGGCAGGGGCAUAACUGUAAAUAACCAUGGAAUGUAUUUCUCAGACUCUUUCGUGCUAUCACUCGCUCAUCGUCACCUUCACCUUCACCUACCAUUUUUGCCAACAAACGCGAGCAAGAGUUUUGAGCUCCAAUGGCGACCUUGUCGAUGACUCUGUCAAAUCCGAAGUCGCUCUCAGCUCCUCCACGAAGACUUUCUCCGAUCAAUACCUCCGCUUUCACAUCUACCUCUUUCCGAUUGCGCACCAAAUCUUCCUUCGAUUCAAUCUCGUUCUCGUCUUCAACUCCCUUCUCCGCCUCAUCGCUCCUCCUUCACACGUCUUAUACCAAAAGAAACCACCGCUGUUUCUCUGUUCAAUCCAAUGCUGAGGUGGUUACUGAACCGCAAUCGAAAAUAACACACAAGGUGUAUUUCGAUAUAAGUGUUGGCAAUCCAGUGGGGAAGUUAGCUGGGAGGAUUGUUAUUGGAUUGUAUGGUGAUGAUGUUCCCCAAACUGUGGAGAACUUUCGUGCUCUAUGCACAGGUGAAAAGGGAUUUGGCUACAAGGGUUCUACAUUCCAUCGUGUCAUCAGAGAUUUCAUGAUUCAGGGAGGAGACUUUGAGAAGGGCAAUGGAACUGGAGGUAAAAGUGUAUAUGGCCGUACAUUCAAGGAUGAGAAUUUCAAGUUAUCCCAUGUCGGACCAGGAGUUCUAAGUAUGGCAAAUGCUGGCCCUAAUACAAAUGGAAGUCAGUUCUUUAUCUGCACUAUUAAGACGUCAUGGUUGGACGGAAGACAUGUGGUGUUCGGGCAAGUAAUAGAAGGAAUGGAAGUGGUGAAGCUGAUAGAGGAACAAGAGACAGACAGAGGAGACCGUCCCAGAAAGAAAGUGGUGAUAGCAGACUGUGGUCAACUUCCAAUGUCUGAAGCUUAAAAGUAAGAUCAUUUAACCAAAAUCUUGUAGACAUGAGAUGGAGCUUGUUUUUGCAUUUUACAACCCUUUCUUUUGUGUAAUGGAUUUGUAUCCCCUUCUUCCAAAAAUUUAAGAAAGAAAUAGUAUUCCGCUGCCGGGUGUUGAACUCAUAUUUCAUUUCAUUGGUUUGUUUCGAAAUUAACCAUUGUGUUAUAGCGGUUCAGUUGCAUUACUAAGAUACAAAAUCUGAAGAUUCAAGAGUAGUCGAUGCAGUUGUGAAAUUGGUCUGUGUAAUACAGCGGAUUUGUUGGUUUGGUAUACGAGCAAUUUGUAUUUAAAGUCCGAUCUCUUCAUAAAAAAG